AACCCCGUCCGACAAAGCCGUCUCGCAUUCGGGUGCGGUCCAGUGUAGUUCCUGCAGCACAGGAUAACUAUUUCUCGACGAAAAUAUUUACAAAGGGAUUUCGAAAACCCAAAAUGAGUGAACUAAAAUCUGGAGCUCCAAAUGAUAGGGACAAUAAUGAUAACAAGGGUAAUCCUAAACUUCAGGGCGACAACAAUGAAGCAAAGAACGAAGCUAACAAACCAGCAACAGUUGUAGACCCAGCUUUGGCAAGAUUCCAAAAACUUUGGAUUGAAAAUAUCCCAUGCAUAAUAGUAAACAAACCUGAUGGUACUGAGUACAGUAUCAAAUAUAAAUCUCAGAAACGAUUCCAAACAAGAAGGAUAAGACUGUCUCACUUGCCUCCACGCAUUCCUAAUGCUAUAAGAAUCUUGAUCACAACGGUCAAAUCGAAGAAGGUGCAUAAGAAAAAAACCUGCCUUCCUUACAAGAAAUUCAAAAAGAUGUAAAUUUACAUCUAUGUAUCCCAGUUCUGUAGUCAAAAUCUUGUCUUUUAUGCUUAUUAGUGUUUGACGGGUUUUCAAAUGUAGUACUUAUUAUUCUCUCAAGUAUUUUACAUUACAUUGUAAAUCUGUUUUAUUCAAUCUUUAUAGUUUAGAGCAAUUUCAUAUUAUAAUGU